AUGGCUGACGAAAGUCCUAUUCAAGUACAUACUACAAUAGGUUCUCUUUUCGCAGUGACUGCGACGAUUGAGUACGCGCGUACAGGCCGUCCCAACCCAUUAGGUCCAAAUUACUCAACAAAUACGGCAUUGGGCCUGUCAUUUUUGGCGUUUGUUGCAGGCAUAUGGAAUUUCGCCCGCAAAGGCUCGGCUGCUUCUGUAGCGACCGGCCUCGCUUUCUGUGCUCUCUACCUCAUCAGCUUUAUAUGUCUGCAAACAGAUCAAUGGUAUGGGAACGAAAUCGCCUUACUGGCCUCUAUCUUCAUGGGGGUUAGUUUCCAGCCAUGGGUUAUCAAGGUAGUGGGACGACCUCUUCCUAGGGAAUCUUGUCUGCUUGGCAUUUACGGGACUGCCACGUUCGCGAAUGCCAUUCAUUUCUGGCUAGGGUUGGCUCUGUCGCUGUCUUUCGCAAUAUUGGCGGCUAGUAAUGACGCUGUUCGAUACUUCAAGCUUCAAAGGAAUGAUACUGCCACUUGA